AUGGCUUCACCAGAUCAUUACUCCGAUAUAGAGAGCCGUAACAGGCUUCCGACCCUCUUUGAGGUCUUGAGCCGUCGCACAUUGGCUCCCGUUGAUCUCUUCUCAUUUUACAUUUACAUGCGCGACCAGCGACGCUCUGUGGACUACCUCGACUUCUGGCUCGACGUCUCUCAACAUAUGUCUUUGUGCCGACACUAUGUUCGCGAGCUUCGCCGUUCUGUCCUCGUUGCGACUCCCGACAUUGAUCAAGUCGAAAGCAAACGAUCAUCCGCCAUGCUGGAUAACUUGGAGAAUCUGGGCGAUAUUCCGAUGACCGAGGCUGGGCCUUCGCGCAUGCGGACCGACGAGAAGGACCGUGAUGCCGAUCAACGCCUGUCCGCGUUUCUGCGCUCCGAGACCCAGUCUCACCAUUCACCACAAAACAGUGUCGGAUCUCAUUCUGAAUACAGCAACGCUUUAACCGACGACCAAGCCCGUCCUAGCUCCGGCACUCGCAACGGCGAUGACUCCAACUCACCCGGACACACGGUUGCGCGAAAUGAUAUCCGUGCUAGCGCCGAGAAAAUCCUUUACACCUAUCUACUUCCCGGCGCCGAGCGAGAAAUCGGUCUGCCGGAGGCGAUGGUCAAUCAGACUAUCAACAUGAUCGAAGAUGACGGUCGUGACGACCCCGAGGUUUUUGAUCCCCCGAAGGACUUCGUCUUCCAAGCCAUGGAGCGUGAUGCAUUCCCCGGUUUCUUGCAGGCCAAGGCACUGGGUAAUCUCGUUCCUCUCAGCAUUGUUGCUCGUCUGACCUUCGCCCUUAUCAGCUUCUUCGGUGGAUUCUGGGGAGCCUUCUACGUUGUCCUCCGCGACAAGCCUCGAGACAUUCGCUGCUGGAUCAUUCUGCCGUUCGCGAUUGCAUCUUAUUUCAUCGUCUCGUAUCAGUACAAGAUCGAUCCUGUUAUGGCUUUUAUCGGCUACAGCGAGUACACCUUCAUGAACUGGGCUCCAAUUCGCGAACCCUAUGUUCGCAAGCUCCUCAACAAGCGUGCCAUGGUCACCGCAGGAAUCUCUUUCUUGACGGCUGCCGCUUUGAGCAUUUUGUUCGUUCUCGUCCCCGGCACUAUGCUGUGA